AUGGACACCGUCAAGAAAGGCGCCGAAUACGUCUCGGAGCAAGCUCAAAAGGCUACCUCUGGGGUAUCCAAGGAAGCCAACAAGCAGACUGCAAAGGACUCUGAUACCCCUGUUGGGUCGCGGCUAUCUGGCGCAAAGGACGCCGCUUCCGACAAGGCUAGCGAGACGAAGCACGACGCCAAGGCCGAGGCUCACAAGCAGCAGAUCUGA